UAAACAUAAAGAAAACACGCCUCCCUCUCUCUCUCUCUCUCUCUCUCUCUAGCUUUCCCUGUAAGCGAGCUCCGACCUCUCUCUCUCUCUCUCUCUCUCCCCAUUUCCUCUCUGCUGCAGAUCCGCUGCGGUUAGGGUUCCGGUCGAGAGCUCCGGUGAGGGGAAGUAGUUCGUUAAGCAUGGGUCAGCAGUCUCUGAUCUACAGCUUCGUGGCCCGGGGCACUGUGAUAUUGGCCGAGUACACGGAGUUCUCCGGCAACUUCACCAGCAUCGCCGCUCAGUGCCUGCAGAAGCUCCCCGCCACCAACAACAAGUUCACCUACAACUGCGAUGGCCACACCUUCAAUUACCUCGUCGACAGCGGCUUCACAUAUUGUGUGGUCGCAGUUGAGUCUGUUGGUCGGCAGCUUCCAAUGGCCUUCCUUGAGCGUGUGAAAGAGGAUUUUACCAAGAGAUAUGGUGGAGGCAAAGCUGCAACGGCGGCUGCUAACAGCUUGAACAAAGAGUUUGGGCCCAAGUUGAAAGAGCAGAUGCAAUACUGUGUUGAUCAUCCUGAGGAGAUCAGCAAGAUUUCCAAAGUGAAAGCUCAGGUUUCUGAAGUGAAAGGAGUCAUGAUGGAAAAUAUUGAGAAGGUUCUUGACCGUGGUGAGAAGAUUGAGCUUUUGGUGGAUAAAACAGAGAAUCUUCGCUCUCAGGCUCAAGAUUUUAGGCAGCAGGGAACCCAGAUCAGGAGAAAGAUGUGGUUUCAGAACAUGAAGAUAAAGCUUAUAGUUCUUGGUAUCAUAAUCGCAUUGAUUCUCAUCAUCGUUCUAUCGGUGUGCGGUGGCUUCAACUGCGGCAAGUAGGUACUGUAGGAGAGCUUGCCUUAUUUCUCUGAUAUUCAGAAAGCUCUAUAGAUGCCGUUUACUUGCAAACGAUACUCAUUUUGUCACAGGGGCCUGCUUAUGAUAUUAGGUAUAUUAUGUAAGAUACCGAUUGUAUAGGUUGAGGUUGUGCUCCCUUUAAUUCUUCCGAAGAACUAUGUGAAUUUCCCAAACCUCUGUUAAGCUUUUGCCAUUUCGUGCUGUUUCGAACGUGAACAACUGUGAAAGUCGAAUCUCAUGCAUAUCCUUGUUGGUCAAUA